GACUAUUCCAACUUGCCUGUAGUGAAUAAGCAGAGAACUGCAUUUUGAAAGACUUGAGUUUUCUCACUGGGCACAGAUUUCAUGAUGCAAGGAUGAGAAUUUCUUGGAAGUCUUGAAUGAGAUUAAAGUUAAGAGAUCCUCUUGGAUUAUUUUUUUUCUUUAACAUAUCUGUGUUUGUAUAAAGAGAGGUCUUUAAGGGCUUGUAACUGUUGAGAAAGGGAUCGACAUGACACUGCUGGAACCAGAAAUGCAGAUGACAACACUCCAAUCAGUGCUGCAGUUGAAGCUCCAGCAGCGACGCACGCGGGAGGAGCUGGUGAGCCAAGGGAUCAUGCCGCCUCUGAAAAGUCCAGCUGCAUUUCAUGAACAAAGAAAGAGUUUGGAGCGGGCCAGGACAGAGGACUAUCUGAAACGCAAGAUCCGGUCCCGGCCAGAGAGAUCAGAGCUGGUUAGGAUGCACAUUCUGGAAGAGACCUCAGCUGAACCCUCCUUGCAGGCUAAGCAGCUGAAGCUGAAGAGAGCCAGACUGGCAGAUGACCUCAAUGAGAAGAUAGCGCAGAGGCCAGGGCCCAUGGAGCUGGUGGAGAAGAACAUCUUGCCUGUGGAAUCAAGCCUGAAGGAAGCUAUUAUUGUUGGACAGGUGAACUAUCCAAAGGUUGCAGACAAUUCCUCCUUUGAUGAGGACAGCAGUGAUGCCCUCUCCCCAGAACAGCCAGCCAGCCAUGAGUCCCAAGGCUCUGUCCCAUCGCCGAUGGACUCCCGGAUUUGUGAGCCUCUCCCUAGCACCACUGGUACAUCACUAGCUCAGGGUUCAUCCCAGUUGCAGAUUAGCACAGACUCCAGUGAAACUCCUUUCCUACCUGAGCAGCCACCUCCACCACUGCCACCUCCACCUCUUCUGCCCGCUAGUCUUACCAAUGGAGUGGCUCUUACUGCUGCCAAGCCCCCACCAACACUCAUUAAGCAAAGCCAGCCCAAGUCUGCUAGUGAGAAGUCUCAGCGCAGUAAAAAAGCCAAGGAGUUGAAGCCGAAAGUCAAGAAGCUUAAAUAUCAUCAGUAUAUUCCCCCGGACCAAAAACAGGACAAGGGAGCUCCUCCCAUGGAUUCAUCCUAUGCCAAAAUACUGCAGCAGCAGCAGCUCUUUCUCCAGCUUCAGAUCCUCAACCAGCAGCAGCAGCACUACAACUAUCAGACCAUCCUGCCAGCCCCACCUAAGCCUCCAGGAGAGCAGCAGAGUGGUGCCAGUGCCCCUGCUGUACGAAAUCUCUCUGCCACAGUCAGCAGCACAUCUUCAGUAUCUUCUGGUUCCAGUGGUCUGAUGAGACAAAACAGUAACGCUGCAGUGGGCAAGCCUGGCCCUCUCCCUGCCAACCUGGAUGAGAUGAAGGUAGCAGAGCUGAAGCAAGAACUGAAGUUGAGGGCCUUGCCUGUCUCGGGCACAAAGACGGAUCUCAUUGAGCGUCUCCGAGCUUACCAAGAGCAGAACGGUGCAGCUGGCCAAACAACCCCCACUCCCAAGCCCAGCACAUCAGCCGUCCUCCCUAAAGCUGCUGAAGUGGUGGUGGCCUUCCCAACUGCCAGGCUGAGCACAGGGCCAGCCCUGGUCACCACUGGCAUUGCACCAGCAGAAGUAGUUGUGGCCACAGUUACUGGUGGCGGCAUGAUGAAGUUUGAGAGCACAGGCUCAACUCCUCCUGUUUCUCCAACUCCUUCUGAGCGCUCGCAGAUGAGUACAGGGGAUGAAAACUCGGGCACUGGAGAUACCUUUGGAGAGAUGGUGACUUCACCUCUGACCCAGCUCACCUUGCAGACAUCUCCAGUGCAGUUCCUGGUGAAGGAAGAAAGCUCCAAGUUUGCCUCCUGCAGCGUAAAUGCGGCACCCAGGUCAGAGCGGUGUAAUGCUGGUAACAGCAGGGAUGCAGAAGUUAGGGACAAAGAUCAGAUGCUGCAGGAGAAGGAUAAGCAGAUCGAGGAGCUCACCCGCAUGCUGAAACAGAAGCAGCAGCUGGUGGAAAUGCUUAGGCUACAGCUGGAGCAGGAGAAGCGAUCUCAGCAGUCACAGCCAGCUCCAGCAGCCACGGAAGAAGGAACAGCUGUCGCCUCCAGACCAGGAGCAUGUGGCAUCCAGGUCAAGAGUGAAGAUGGUUUCCUGAGUUGCCAGUCUGCGAAGCAAUCCAGUGGCCAAACAGACCAAUGCAGCCCUGCACCAACCGCUAGCCAAAUGGACACUUCGAAUCCAAGCCCAGUGCCAAAGAAAGCCGUGACAGUGAAGCAGGAGGUGCCAGCCACGGAAGCAGAGCCGCCGUGCCAGUCCCACAGCCCGUGGCUUUUCCUUGGCCAGCAAGGGAGUGCCCUCAUCAAGGGCACCCCUCCCCCCACCCUCAUCACUGACUCCACAGGGACCCACAUCGUCCUCACCGUGACCAAGCAGAGCGCCGAGAGGCAGGGCCUCUCUCCCCACUGGAUGGCAGGGAGCAGCUGCCCACCCUCGCAGAGCAAGUGGCAGUGUCUGCCAUCAGUGACAGCCACUGAGCAGGCUGCAUUUGCUGCAAAGCAGAGCAUACAAUCAUCACCCGCUAAACCUUCCAGCCAACUGCCGUGUCAGGUACCUGCAAACACCCCUCAGCAGCCCACGCAGCAGCAGCCCAGAGGACCAAACCAAUCUAAGUCCUCAUCGCAGCCUAGCUCUCCUGCUGCCCCUUCCCCCUCCCAGAUGGACCUGGAGCAGCAACAGCACACGCCGCUUUUUGGAACUCCUCCACCUCCUCUUCCGGUUCCCUCGGUCCCAAUGAAAGAGUCACCACCAGGCUAUGAAGAGGCCGUGAAGCAACAGCCAAAGGCCCAGGAGAAUGGCUCUUCCAGCCAGCAGAUGGACGAUCUGUUUGAUAUCCUCAUCGAAAGUGGAGAUUCAGACAUACUGCUUCUGAGAUACUGCACAGAGAUGGAAUUUCAUGGAGGUGGGCUGAAAACUCCCCAUAGUGAGGCAAGCACAGGCACAGGAUGUUUCCUCAUCCCAGCUGGUGAGAUUUCUGCUGACUUCAAGGAUCAGUCGUCCCCAGCUGGCAAAGAACCACCUGUGGCCCCGGCCUGUUCCCCACCGCCCAGCAGCCACCACUCCUCCGAGCUGGCGGUGCUGGUGUCCCUGGGGCAGCCGGUGCCUGUGGGCCGGCUGGAGGACUUCCUGGAGAGCAGCACCGGCCUCCCGCUGCUGACAGCAGGCCACGAUGGGCCGGAGCCCCUGUCCCUCAUUGAUGACCUCCACAGUGAGAUGCUGAGCAGCUCGGCCAUCCUGGACCACCCGCCUUCACCUAUGGACACCUCGGAAUUGCACUUUGCUCACGAGCCAUCUGGGGGCAUAGCCCUGGAUCUGGCUGAGGCUAACUUGGACAGCAUGGACUGGUUGGAGCUGCCAGGGGGUUCUGUCAUGAGCCUGGCUCCCCUGAACACCACGGCUCCCAGCCUCUUUUCCACAGACUUUCUUGAUGGACAUGAUCUGCAGCUGCACUGGGAUUCUUGCUUGUAAUUCUGUGAGCAGAGACUGAAGGGAAUGGGAGUGGGAGGGCACAGGCAUGCAGAGGGAAGAGGCCAGUCAACCAAAAAAAAGAAAAAAGAAAAGAGCUCCUAGUAUUUGUACUCCUCCCCUAACAGUGUCCUUCCUGCGUGGAGCUGGCAAAGGGCCAGGCCAGGGCAGGGAGGAUGGCUGCUGGCGGGGGGAACAAGAGGCAGGAGGAGCUAUGGGGCUAGCAGCCUCCUGCCCACUCCUCACAGCCUGGCCCAGCUGGGGUGAGAGCAGAGCCAGCAGCCCCUGUUCCUCCAGGCAGGAGCAAUGGCAGCACAUUGUUCCCUCACGUGGGACAGAGCGUGACUGGGCCUGAGCUGUUUCCAGAAGCAGCACUCUGCGCCUUCCUGGGAUUGGCAGAUAAAGGGGGUUGUGCUGCCCCAGCACGGUCGGUCUUAACGGUUGUGGAAGGGGAUUUCUACCUCUGGAGCAGGACACAAAGGCAGGAGGGCUGCCUGGGGCCCAGAGCAGCUGCCCUCUGUCUGUCAAGGGAGGGUCUGAUCUGCCACAGGGCUGGGAGAGCUGGGCAGAACAGGCACCUUCUCUAAACGUAGCCAAAGGGAACUAGGCCUCCCCACCAACCUGGUAAUGUCUAAGCUGGUUUCCCAAAUAUUGCUGAGCUUGGCAGAGGCCUGCUGGCCAGCCUGCUCACUUCACUCACUUUGGGCUGCAAAACAGUUUUUAAGGUGCUAGAAUCAGGUCCUUAUAUGUUAAAACUGCUGUCAGGCACAGCCCAUUACCCCCAGCUCCCACAGCACUUGUGACAUCCCCAGGUGAGCAGGGCAGUCAGCCUGGGCAGGGACACUGCGUGUCCUGGGGAGGGGGUGAGGGGCACAGCUGGCAAUCAGUGACAUAUCAUGGGGGCCAUGUGCAAUCUGCCUCCUGCCUUUGCUGUGUUGGUGCUGCACUGUAGCACUGGCCCCAGAGGAAAGCAGCAGUGGGGAUGGAUGUUGGACCCCGUAGGCGAGGAAGGGGAAGUGGGACUUCAAGAGUGGUGUUGUGUGGUGCAGCACAGGUCGUGGCUCAGUGACUGUGAGGGCCCCUUUCUGGAGAGGAGCUUGAAAGCAAGUAUUGGGCAGCUGACCUCUGCUCUUCCCUCUCUGCAGUCCCACAGGGUAAAAGGCAAAAGUAAAUGGCUGCUUACUUUGAGCUGGUGCCCUGUGUCCUUGUAGGGCCCCAGGCUGGUGCCUUGGGGGAACUGCAGACUGAGUGGGUGGACAAGCCCCCAGGACCUCAGAGCCAUGAUGAUGCUGUUCCUUGGGCAGGGCUCAGUGGUGGAACACCAGGCCUGUGGCUCGCUCUUGUGCUGUUACUCCUGUUAAUUUAGAAUUCCCAUGUCAGUUGUAACUCACGGCCAUACUGAGCAAGUAGGACAUGGCUUAUGUGGAUGUGGCCACCUCGCCACAAGGCUGUCCCUGGCCCUGAGCUGGGUCCAGGCUGCUCGUGCUGAGUGAGGUGGGGGAAGCUGUGGCUUCUGAAGUCACGCAGUCUGAGGUACUGACCUGCUUAGGGAAUGAAAGGAUCAACUGCCAUUCAUCUCAGUAUCUCCUUGAGGAUGCUGUCCCCACCUUUCCCCCACACCAGCCCACAGAGCUUCCUGCUAGGGAGUGGUAGCUGUGAGCCAUGUGCUGCUUCCCUGCAACUUUGGUACCUGGCCCUCUUCCCAGGGAGAGGCUGUGCCACAGGGGUGCUGGUACCUCUGCUCCGUGGUGAGGCAGGCGAACAGCAACCCUGCACAAUGUGCUCUCCUUCAGCCACUGAACUGGGUGAGGUCAUGCCUGUUUGGAGCUGGGAGAUACUCCUGCUUUCCUGAGCCCUUUGCUUGUUAACUGCAUGGGGAGCCACUUUUUUAAUCAUUGCAGGGGGAGCCUGCUGGCAGCUUCCUUUCUGUCCCUUCCUCUCUCCUCUGGCCCUGAGCUGUAAGCAAGUUGAGGCCUCUUAACCUGUGUCCCUCAGUGUCCAGGUUGGGAAGGACAACCCCCCCACCCCCCACUUCCCCACAGGCUUUCUAUUCCUCAAGCUACAGUGUCACAUCCUGAAAAUCAGAAUAAAAGAGACUGGUGGGCACCCCCUUUAUUCUCCUGAGCUCUCCCUGAAUUCUCUCCUGGUGCAGCCCAGGUGCUCACUGGGCACUGUUACUUAGCAAUCAACUUACAGAGCUUUUACCAGCUCUGCCAGGGCAGCUGCCCAGCUGUGGGGGCAGGAGGGAAGAAACUCCUUAGAAGUUUCUAAGGGGGAAACUGUGGGGGGAGUAGGAGGAUCUCCAAAAUACUAAGGGGAAAAUCUGAGGCUGCCUGUUUGUCAGACUCAAGCAAAAUCAGGUUCUUUCAGCCCAUAGUUGCAGUAGCUCCCACAAAAAUCAGCUGUGUGAUUUCUUUUGUACAAGUAAUUACAAAUCUGCAGCCAUUAAAUAAAGAAGGAAAUUAUCACUAAAGUGCAAUGAGCUCCUAGAGGAAGGUGGGAGCACUCCAGCUGCAGUCCUGGCCUGACCCAGCCCUGGUUCUUUGCCCUGGGCCAGGCACUCCAGUCAUUGGCAGAGAGAUGCCAAUGCCUGAUACCAGUGUAGCCCUUCCCAGAGGUUGCUGGUGAAAGGCUGAGCUCACAGCUGCCCCCUUUUGCUUUCACCUGUCCACCAUCAGGUGUGAAACUGUAGGAAUUUAGUGACCCCUGACUUUGCCUAACAUACUUGCAUUGGCUGAAGAGCUUCAAGGAGCCCUCAGGAUACAGAACCAAGAGCCUCAUGUCCCGAGGAGCUGGGCUGACCUGUGGGAGCACCCCUGCACAAGGGGUUUCUGCCAGGAGAGUGAGUGAUAACCCUGUGCCUGUGGGGAGAGGGGAAGGUGGUGCCUCAGCCCCAGAAAUGUUAGAAAGUCUUUUCCCCAAGCAGUGCCCAGAGCAGGCUUGCCCAGUUCUCUGCUUUCUUACUAUUAUUUCUUUGAAUAAUAGUUCAAUAGGUCUUUGUUGGAAGAGGUAUUCCCCUGAACAUCCAUUUUUGCACCCAUUGGGAAAAACUUAAGUCUGAUGUUCUGCCUCUACCUUGAAUGUAAUCCUGAAUCUUUCUGCUGUAACCACUACUUGUUUGUAAUGUGUAUUUGACUAGCACGCACUCUCCCUUCCACUAUGCAGCCAAUGGCGAGGGGUGAUCAGCACCAUCAGUCAGAUGGUGUUGGGGCAUCAGAUCCAGAGCGAGUAUUCAACUGGAAAAGGAUAAAAGUGACAAGUUAAUGGGGGAGAGAACGGAUCUUUAAAUUGAAUUAUUUUUUCAGUUACAAAUAUUUGAAGAAAAAAAAUCCAUUUUAUUAAAAAAAUUCCAAA